AUGACGUGCUCACCGCGCUUCCACGUGAUCAUAUCCGGGGCGAUCGGCCCUGUCCCCAUUGGUCAGGUCUUUUCAACUUCACUUUGUCGCCGACUUUCGCCAGUGCAAAGCAAGACUUGGCCUGAGAUGUCUGCAUUUCCUCGUGCCUCAAUCACGACACUUCCGACUGAAACGCUUCUAAUGAUCUUCGAUUUGGUUUGUGAAGGCUGGGACGGAACCGACAUAGACUUUCCCGAAGAACAUCCUUGGCCCUUUCCCCUGGAUUAUGCUUGCAUAUGUCGCAAGUUCCUGGAUGUGAUGAUACAAGUGCCAAAUUACUUCCAAAGUAUGACAUUUCACCUCAACACGCUCAACUUUUAUCCCAAAAUCGCCCUUGAAAAGUUCUUCGCUGCGGCCGCCUCCCGGAGUUCCCCGUUCAGUGUGGCGGUAGUUUCAUAUGAGACAGUCUCUCUUGAAUCCGAACACAAACUGCUCCAGAAGGUCAUGGCUUGUCUGCAACCUCAUAUCGUCCGUUGCGUUCAAUUGCAUCUCAAUGUGAGGUUCCGCUCCUCAAUAGUCAACGCGAGCGAGUACCUUGAUGGCCUUUCAUCGGAAUGCUUUGGUGACUUGACGUUUCAAUCCGCUAUCACGGACAGCACAGCAUCACUGAAGAUAUCUUCCAUCAAGUGCCCUGCCCUGGAGUAUCUCGAGAUAGACGCCAAAAGCUUCGUUGACAUUUCCGACAAGCUCGUUUUCUGGCCUUCGGGAAACGAGUCUGGACGAUCCAUGACAUAUCUAACAUUAGACCUAAAACCCUACAAUCCGUGCGGUGAUUCAUCUGCGCCUCUAUCCACGCGAGAGUUUCUGAAAGCCGUCAACAUCUUCGAUAGCAGAACGCGUUACUUGCUGAUGAUUGAUGACGUCGCUUUCGACGACCCUCUCGAAUCGGAGUCGGCAGAUUUUGCGCUCCGCAACAUGGUUAACUUCGAGUUUCAGGGGCUACAUGGUAACUUCCUCCACGAGAUCUUUCGCAAUGUUGAUCCACGCAAGCCCAUCAAUCUUGUACGACUCGUUCGAUGCACACCCACCAAGGCUACCCUCAUCCGUUCAGCAAACCUCUCAUUGCAGAGGUUCGAUGACAACGCUGACCUGCGACUCCUGCUUCACUCCUGGCAAGGUGUCGACUUACAUAUCCGUGAUUGUCCAUCCUUCGACGAUUUCUUGCUUGGGGCCAUGUCGUAUGGCGGCCCUGCAGGCAAUCAGUACAUGUGCCCGAAUCUGACUCACCUUCAAAUCGAUGAACAGGAGGGCUAUAUCUCUUCUGAUGCGUUGCGGCGCAUGGUCGAACAUCGGAUGGAGCAAUGCCCGAUGAAUGACCUCAAGGUUACCUUCCAACUUCCGAUGACCCCUCAGGACCUGAUGUGGUUCCAGGCGAACGAUUUUAUGAGCAGCUACAUUGGUGAAGCAUCGCUACUUGCAAAUUGCCGGCGCCGUUUCUCUCUUUCUUCACAUUGUGACCUCCUCAAUCACUAUUGGGGGGAGCUGGCCCAAGUUGAUCAGAGAAAGAAAUCAACUCCGGUGUCGUUCAAUAAUCUGGACGUUCGCGAUGUAGUGGUACUCCGUGUCGAUGAGUUCGUUGCGGAGUCAAGAGUCGCCUCAGCUCCGGUGUGGUUGUGUAAUGCAAGUGCAGCUCUCGCGAUCAGGCAAGCGCCUACGAACACGGAUAGCACGGGACUCGCUCAACAAAGUGCCUUGAUAGGGUAUAUAGGAAGAAAAUGGUGGGAGAAGGUGCAAGAAUCUGCACCGAGUUGA